AGUUUACCGGACAGUGGGAGGGAGGAAACCUGCUGGAGAGUGCUAGCAGUAGGCCAGUAGCCGAGGCGCCCGCGCCCGCGCCCCGCCCGCCAGAAAAGCGAUGGGCUCCCGUCUCGGGACAGCCGCAGCGGUCAAUUCCGGCGCCUCGAGUCAACCUGCCGGGUCGUCCACCUACGCCUUCACACGCGCGGCUGCGGCGGCGGCGGAGGAGGAGGAGAAGAGGGCGAUGGGGGCGCGGGAGGCGGUGUGAACCUGCGAAUCUCGGGGCGCGCGGCGGCGAGCGGGUCACGCAGGCAAGUUUUCCAAGGAACUCCUCUGAUGCUACAGUAAUAAGAGAAGAAAAAGAUGGAGCUGCUCAGCCUCAUUCUAAUUGUAGCAUCUCUCCUCCCAUUCUCAGCAUCAGAUCGUCAAGGUGAUGCCUUGUACGAUAUGAAGCUGAAACUAAAUGCUUCUGGCAGUCAGCUUUCCGACUGGAACCAAAAUCAAGUUAACCCAUGCACUUGGAAUUCUGUUAUUUGUGACAAUAAUAACAAUGUUGUGCAAGUAACAUUGGCUUCUAUGGGAUUUACUGGAGUUCUGUCACCAAGAAUAGGAGAGCUGGAGUAUUUGAAUGUUCUGUCCUUGCCUGGUAACAACAUCACUGGUGGCAUACCAGAGCAGUUUGGCAACCUCUCUCGUUUGACGAGCUUAGAUUUGGAAGACAACCUGUUGGUUGGGCCAAUACCAGCUUCUCUUGGCCAGCUUUCAAAGCUUCAGCUUCUGAUACUGAGUCAAAACAAUCUCAAUGGAUCUAUUCCUGAAACGCUAGCAAGCAUCUCAAGCUUGACAGACAUUCGGCUGGCUUACAAUAAACUCACUGGUCAAAUACCUCCUCAACUCUUUCAAGUUGCACGUUACAAUUUUUCAGGUAAUAACUUGACCUGUGGAGCAAACUUCCCCCAUACAUGCGCCUCAAAUGUGUCUUACCAAGGUUCAUCCCGUGGUUCGAAAAUAGGCAUUGUGAUUGGAACAGUUGGAGGUGUGUUGGGGCUUCUCAUCCUAGGGACUCUAUUUAUUAUCUGUAAUGAAAGGAGGAAAAACCAUCUACGUGAAGUAUUUGUGGAUGUAUCAGGUGAGGAUGAUCGUAGAAUUGCAUUUGGCCAGUUGAAACGAUUUGCAUGGCGAGAAUUGCAACUUGCAACUGAUAAUUUCAGUGAGAAAAAUGUUCUUGGACAAGGGGGUUUUGGGAAGGUGUAUAAAGGAGCACUACCUGAUGGCACUAAGAUUGCUGUCAAACGGUUAACUGAUUAUGAAAGUCCUGGAGGAGAGGCUGCCUUCUUGCGUGAGGUUGAGCUAAUUAGCGUUGCAGUUCACCGGAAUCUUUUAAGAUUGAUUGGUUUCUGUACUACACAAACAGAGCGCCUACUUGUUUAUCCUUUCAUGCAGAAUCUUAGCGUAGCCUACCGCCUACGAGAAUUUAAACCUGGGGAGCCAAUAUUAGAUUGGUCUGCAAGGAAGCGAGUGGCUAUAGGCACAGCUCGUGGGCUGGAGUAUCUGCACGAGCACUGCAAUCCUAAGAUUAUACAUCGUGACGUGAAGGCUGCCAACGUCUUGCUUGAUGAAGGUUUCGAACCGGUCGUUGGUGAUUUCGGUCUGGCCAAGCUGGUGGAUGUACAGAAGACAUCCGUGACUACUCAAGUCCGGGGAACUAUGGGCCACAUUGCCCCUGAAUACCUGUCCACUGGAAAGUCAUCCGAGAGAACUGAUGUUUUCGGUUAUGGCAUAAUGCUUCUUGAGCUAGUCACAGGGCAGCGUGCCAUCGACUUUUCACGCUUGGAGGAGGAAGACGACGUGCUCUUACUUGAUCAUGUCAAGAAGCUGCAAAGGGAAGGGCACCUCGACGCCAUCGUGGACCGCAACCUGAACCGCAACUACAACGGGCAGGAGGUGGAGAUGAUGAUCCAGAUCGCGCUGCUGUGCACGCAGGCGUCGCCCGAGGACCGCCCGUCCAUGUCGGAGGUGGUCCGGAUGCUGGAGGGCGAGGGCCUCGCGGAGCGGUGGGAGGAGUGGCAGCAGGUGGAGGUGACGCGGAGGCAGGACUACGAGCGGAUGCAGCAGCGGUUCGACUGGGGCGAGGACUCCAUCUACAACCAGGACGCCAUCGAACUCUCCGCCGGCAGAUAACGACGGCGGCGCCGCGUCAGGCAGAGCUCGCCGUCGCAGUGCUGACGUAAAUACGAAACCUGUCAGCGAAAUGGCUGCUGCUACUUGGUGUUGAUAGAUAAUUACGGUACGUAUCAUAUAGUAAAGUGCUGUGUAUACGGAUCGUUGCGAUGAUUCAAACAAACCACGCGCCGCCCGUUCCGUAGAGGGGAAGGCUGGAGACGCAUGUGCCGCCCGGUUCAAACCACAUGUAAGCACCGGCUGGACGAAGUCGAGUCGGCGUCCAUUGGGUUGUGUUCUGCUAUCACGCGCUCUGUGUUGACUUUCUAUUUCAUCUGCUCGACUUUUUCAGAGUC